CUCCCUCGGUGCCGGGAGCCGGGUGACCGGGAGCCGCGUGGGACGGCCGGGAGGGGACGGGGCCUCGCUCGUAGGAGGCGGGAGGUGCCGGGCCGAGCGCCCCCGUCAUGGCGGGCGCCUGAGGGGGUGGGAGGCGGCUCUGUGUGGAGGCCGGAGGCUCCCUGAGCCCCGAUCUCCUCGGAGCCCGUCCCUGGGCUCUGGAUGAGGCGCAGGCCGCUCUCUGGAGGCGGGCAGCAGCUUCAGCGCGGCGGUCCGUCUCUCGCAGGGCUGACUGUUCGCUUUCUCCUCUGGAAACCUUUCCCUAAGUAACCCAGACUCAUCUUUCAAUGUCCCGGUCGAAGCCAGCUUUUUCGCAGUACCGGGGGCUGCGGGCCAGAGUUUCCAUCCCCAGCGCCAGGCCUGGGUGGGGUUUGCCAUGACGCUGGGGCAGAGCUCACAGCGGAGCUGCAGGGCCGUGCUGGCCCCUCUCACCGCUUCCAAAAGUCCUCAGACCUGGCUCCAGGGACCGGCUGUGCGCUCGUGGUGAUGUUUAUUCAAUCAGCAGAGAAAGGAAAGAGUGAGAGAGGGAAAAGGGUGCUAUAAAUCUGCACUCUUGCCUCUGGAGUCUCUUCCCAGUGGGACUGAAAAGGCUUGUCUGGUCCUUGAAGUUAAUCAGUGUUAAGGUUUAAGCAUAACUCUGUAUUUCACUUAAUAUUAAAAAAAUAACUUCUUUGGCAUAGGUAUUUCCUAAUUCAAAUAUGAGAUAUAAACACCACUAUCAAAUUUAUGUAGACUAAUGGGGUAUAGGAAGAGCAAAAAAAUCUGCUAUUCCUUAAUACUCUAUACCAGCGUUUACUCAGCUUUAUGUUAUACCAGUUGUGGUACAGAUACCUCGUGCACUGAGCAUCUGAGAUAAUGCUUUCCACAUGGGGUCUGCCUGCCCCCAGCACUAAGUGGCAACGAUCCCGGCCCUGAUGUCGAGGCCCUGUGCACACCUGUGGCAGCACUGCUGACUGCCAUCAAGACAAGGAGGAUAUUUUUCUGCAACAAUUUAAUUUCCCGUAAACCAGGCCUUUGUGGCACCUGAGGAAAGCAGUGGUCAGACAGAAUGGCUCCAGUGAACCAGCCCAAGGACAAGAAGCAUGAAAAGACACAUGAGCAUCGGUCAGAAGAGGCAAAAUCGGCUGGGAAAAGGAAACUGGACUGUGAAGGACUAGAGAAUGUGCCACUAGCAAAGAAAUUGUUUUUGAGGAAAACAUCCAAAGCCCAAGAGAAAAUUGGUUGGAAUAGAGGUGGCACUGUGAUGAAAAAUACCAGAGCCUUUUUCCAUCAGCCGAAGUGGCAGCGCAGCAUUGUUCAUUAUGUCUACCAGAACAUGCUGGGAGGCUCCAUCCGGGCACAGCUCAGGCAGUGUCUACAGCUGCCCUUUCUACGUUCUCUGACCUCAUACCGCCUUUUUCGAACAGCGAGUCCCUUUGACAGGAGAGUGACUUGCCUGGAGUGGCAUCCAACACACCCCAGUACUGUAGCUGUUGGUUCCAAAGGUGGAGACAUCAUUCUUUGGGACUAUGAAGUACUUACUAAAACCUGCUUCAUAAAAGGGAAGGGGCCAGGAGAUUCUCUUGGAGACAUCAAGUUCAGUCCUUAUGAGGCAGUGAAGCUUUAUGUGGCAUCAGGGGAUGGCACCCUAAGUCUGCAGGACCUUGAGGGCAGAGCGGUGCAGGUGAUCUCCCGUGCCCCGGACUGUGGCCAUGAGAACCAUAAUGUUUGCUGCUGGUACUGCAGUGUUGAUGUUUCUGCAAGCUGCCGUGCUGUGGUGACAGGUGAUAAUUUGGGCAACGUGGUCCUGCUCAGCACUUCUGGUGAAGAGAUUUGGAGGCUGAAAUUGCACAAGAAGAAAGUGACUCAUGUGGAGUUCAACUCUCGAUGUGAGUGGUUGUUGGCCACAGCAUCUGUGGAUCAGACAGUUAAAAUCUGGGACCUCAGAAACAUUAAAGACAAAGCAAAUUUUCUUCAUGUACUUCCUCAUGACAAACCUGUCAAUGCAGCUUAUUUCAGCCCAACAGAUGGUGCCAAGCUGCUGAGCACAGACCAGCGCAAUGAAAUCAGGGUUUACUCAUGUUCAGACUGGACCAAGCCUCAGCAUCUGAUCCCACACCCACAUCGGCAGUUCCAGCACCUCACACCUAUUAAGGCAACAUGGCAUCCUCGCUAUGAUCUCAUUGUAGUGGGUCGCUAUCCAGACCCGAAGUUCCCAGGCUACACGGUGAAUGAGCUGCGAACUGUUGAUAUAUUUGAUGGAAACACUGGGGAGAUGGUUUGUCAGCUCUAUGAUCCGAAUGCAUCUGGUAUAAUCUCGCUGAAUAAAUUUAACCCUAUGGGAGACACACUAGCUUCUGGCAUGGGCUUUAAUAUUCUGAUCUGGAGCCGGGAGGAGAUGGUGAUGAAGAAGCAAGAACAUCUUUUGAAAGCCAUGACAGAGCAGGGGAUUGGGAGCCGGAGUUUGUCCAGACGUGGAGGGCAGAAACAGACAAACCCUGGGACAAGCACACUCAAAGCUAAGUUAUUGUCUUGGGAAGUGGAAGAGAUGGGAACAAAACCCAAAGAUUCUAAAUCACGGGGAUGGAAGUGAAAAGGGAUCUAUAUAACUGAUAGAGUAUUUUGAUCCUUUUUUGAUCAUAGAAGACAAAUUCAGUGCUGGCAGUGGGCAGAAUAGGCACUGCAGGGCAUUAGCCUUCUACUUUGUCCUUCCUCCCUAGAUCUGAUCUUGCUUCCGAGAUUCUCUUUGCUUCUCCUUCUAGAGAGCUGCCCGUGGAGUUACCACUUAAUUUCUGAGGCACUUCAGAGUUUCUAAGGAAACUUCAGAGAUGUUUUCAGAUCCUGCUGAAGUUACUUCUUCCAGCCUGCUUGUUAUCAUUACAGUGUGAUAACAGGAUCUGUGGAGCAGCUCAUGAUGAGGUCUCCAGACUGUUCUAGUCAAAUUGAGCUGUUAGCAAGAUUCAUGUCUUGAAAGGUAGAAUGUUCACAAGGGUGAGGUGAUGGAUAGCUUGAGUGAGUUAAGGAAACACCAACCUUUCUCAUUUGCAACCUUCUUGCAGCAUGUGCAUCUGUCGAAACCUCAGGCUAAGCCUAUUCUGCACUUGCAGCUAUUUAACUAGACGAUGAAGAACAUUAUGAUGCCACACCUCUUUAUCUGCCUUGUGGGAUGCAUAGGCAAUAUAGAGCUAAGAACCUACUGAUUCUUUACUUUGUCUUCAGAACUCUAGGCAUUUUUUUGCUACCAGUUAAGUAUUUUUUUCACCCGCGCCAGCGUGCCUCAGAAUGUUGGGUGUGUUGUUAAGCAGAAAUGAGAGAUUUCUUUCAGAUGCCCCUUUUCAGAGUCAGAUCUCACAACUGCUGUUAAACUGAAAAAAAUCUGCUUUUUCUGGUUUGUUUAUAAAGCUGUCUGGGGGCCUUGCUCCAGAGGUUGAUGGAUGGGCCAGGCUCUAGACUUGCUCAGAUUCUCUGUGUUCACUUUAUUAUAGUUUUACAACAUUGAUAUAAAUAAAGGUUUUGUACUAAAUUGAAGUACUACUUUGAUGUAAAAUGGGUGCUUUGAGCAUUCUGCUGAACUGUUUUUAUCUGGGAGGUUAGAAGGUAUUAUCUUGCUGCUGGAGAACUACGAGAACUAGAACUGAUUUCUCUGCCAUAAUACCAUAUCUGCAACGGACCCUUCCCAGUUGGACAGGCUGCAUUAUAAGCUGUACAUAUGCAUGGUUGCUACCAGCCAAACAACUUCGUUUCAAUUCUCACUUUGCUCUAGUAAACAAGGAAU